AUGUGGGGCUCAUCGCAACAAGUCUUGGGGUUCCCGGGGCCCCAGAAGAUCCUCAAAACAAUAGGCUCGUUCUGGCUGUCCACAACGGCGGAUGAAAGGGCCCCGGGGAUCUCGCGAUCUUGCCCUCGAUCGGAAGUCAGUUGCCAAGCCAAGUACAAUGGCCAAGAUACCUGUUGCUUCAACUAUCCGGGUGGCCAAAUGCUAGCAACCCAGUUCUGGGACGCAGACCCCGCAGUCGGUCCCGAUGACUCUUGGACCAUUCACGGGCUUUGGCCCGAUCAUUGUGACGGCGGGUUCGACCAAUUCUGCGAUUCCAAGCGAAAGUACAGCAACAUCUCACUGAUCUUGGUUGAUUCUGGUCGUGGCGACCUACUCGAAUAUAUGAGCGAAUACUGGAAGGACUUCCGUGGGGACGACAUUAACCUGUGGCAACAUGAGUGGAACAAACACGGUACCUGCGUCAGCACUCUUGAGCCUGAUUGCUACGAUGACUAUCUCCCACAGCAAGAAGUAGUAGACUACUUCGAUAAAGCAGUGGAGAUUUACCAACAAAGGCCGUCAUACAAGUUCUUGGCCGACGCGGGUAUUGUCCCAUCAAACCGCGAAACCUACGCGCUGGAAGAUAUCGAAAACGCACUCGAGCGUGGACACGGUGCACCAGUUACAGUUCACUGUCGUCGUGGCGUCUUCAACGAAAUUUGGUACCAUUUCAACAUCGCUGGUAGCCUGCAAGGUGGAAAAUUCAUCACUGCGGAUCCUGAUGGUCAGAAAUCAAACUGCCCCGCUCGGGGUAUCCACUAUCCGCUGAAGCGGCCCCAGAAGGAUCCAUCCAAGACCACCACCACCCAUGGAUCGAAGCCGACGGACCCAGGAACUCCAUUCGCCGGUAGGGGAAACCUAAUGGUAUCAACUCAGAAUCAGAAACGCGGCUGCAUCAUCAGCUAUGGAACAUGGUAUCAGUCUGGGUCUUGCGCUACUUUUCGAGCGGAGAAGAAAUCAGAUGAUACCUUCACUCUGAGAUCAAGCAAGGGACCAUGCUCCUUCGACAAGGGUGCCUUCAGUUGUGGUAAUCAUGUUGAUACCCCCAGCCGCUUUACGAGCAAAGGCGACAAGCUCUCGUACGAGGGAAACACGGUCUUCUACGCCGACAAGCCGCCCGCGGGCUGGACGCAAAGCACCGUCUACUCCGACCAGGAAGGGCACCCCAUUGAACUUGAUAUCUCGUGGAAAGCGUAA